GCAACUGCAGCGCUAUGAUUCUCCUGAUAAUCUCCUCUCUGUCUCAUGCCCAGCCCAGUCAUUCAAAGGUUACACCGUUGUGUUCCGCGGCCGUGUGAAGCUGUAUCUGGCUUAGACACAUCUCUACUACUUCUAGACAGUGUCCUGAGGUAAACUCUCUCAUCUAUGAGAGUCGGCUAUAUAGUGCAUCAAAGGCAACACAGCUUGACAUUUUAACCACCAUGCUCCAUCCUCAGAGUGUAUUAUCGCUUUUCGUCUUGACACUUCUGCUCGUUCCAAACAAAGUCCUCGGACAGUUCAGCGAUCAGAGCUUGACAAACACAACGCAGGCUUUCACACAGGCUCAGAUUGUACCGGAUGUUCUUUCGUCCUUCAAUCCUGCAGCUUUACUAGGGGUAGAAUUUACGGAUCCUUCCACUAAUCAAUCAGUCAAUGUAACUCCAGGAAUUCUUUUGAGCAUGGAGCAAACAAUGAAAGAACCUCAGUUCUUCUUGACGGCCAAUGUCACUAUUCCGUCGACCAUUCCCUACGUCCUGGUGAUUAUCGAUCCUGACGCACCCAUGCCACAGAACAACACAGAAUCCCAAUUUCGUCAUAUGCUUGGAGGUGACUUCCAUGUAGAUAAUUCUUCCAAGCUUGUGAACACGAGCGCGGCGUUGUCUGAUUUCGUAAACCCAACCCCUCCAACUGGGUCAGACCCUCACCGUUAUGUCAUACUCGCGUUCAUACAACCGGCAGAUUUCAACUCUACUGGCCCGGAAUUGGUUAACGCAUCAACACCCAGAAAUAAUUUCAAUCUCACCACAUUUGGGGAAGCCGUGAACCUUGGUUCUCCGAUUGCCGGAACUUACUUCUUGACGGGUCCUAGCAGUAACAGCAGUGCUUCUUCGACAUCUCCUGCCAGCAGCACAUCGUCCGCGGCUACUUCGAGCGGCGUAGGAAGAUCUCUAAAGGCUCAUGGUAUAGGUUUGAAGGCUACUUGGGGAUUGACACUUGGUUUGGUUAUGUACGCACUGUCGUGAUUAUCUCGCGGGCCAAGCGGUAGUAUAAUUUAAAGGAUUCUGAAUCUCAUGUAACUGUAAGUGAACAGAAUGAAAGAAUAUAAGCGCC